GGGAGAAGCUACACGCAGUUUGCAACGUCUAAAGUGCAAAACAGACAAGCCUCAAACCCCGUUUCCGUCAGCUGGCCUGCGUCAUUUCCCAAGGAAUUGUUUUCGAUGUUGCCACUUCGAUCUCCGUGAAACGGUACCUGUGGAUGGGAAAGAGCUGCUGCUGCUGCUCUCGCACCGCCGGGGGGAAUGUCGGCGGAAUCUUUGGCGCAGUCCUUUCAGAAGCUGAGCCUGCAGCAGCCUGGCCGCAGGCCACCUCGAGGUCCCCGUCACAUCAGAAAACGCCUUUAUUUACUGAGGGGACUGCCAGGAUCAGGGAAGACCACGUUAGCCAGAAAUCUAAAACACCAGUUUCGUGGAGCAGUGAUAUUGAGUACAGAUGAUUAUUUCAUCAGAGAGGAUGGCUCAUAUUUAUUUCAGAAGUACCUACUUGAUGAAGCUCAUGAAUGGAACCAUGAAAGGGCCAAAUCAGCUAUGAGACAAGGGAGGUCUCCAAUUAUUAUAGAUAAUACCAACACUGAAGCAUGGGAAAUGAAACCAUAUGUGAAUAUGGCACGAGAGAAUGGUUAUGAAGUGAAAUUCCGAGAGCCAGAUACACCCUGGAAAUUUGACAUUAGAAAAUUAACAAGAAUAAAUUCACAUGGUGUUCCGAGAGAAACAAUUGAACGAAUGAAGGAACGGUACGAGAGGAAUAUCACUAUUGACAAAGUGCUGCAUGCGGAAAGGGAGGCCUGAAAUAAUUGAUGCCAAGGUUGUCAGCAGUUUGCGUUCAGAAGAGGAGCAAGAGCAAGACUGGGGAAGAGUUUGUACAAACUUAGCACAUUCAGAUUCCUGAUGAAGGACUUUUGCCCGAAACGUCAAUUCUCCUGCUCCUGAAAGGCUGCCUGACCUGCUGUGUUUUUCCAGCAUCACAUUCUCGACUCUGAUCUCCAGCAUCUUCAGUCCUCACUUUCUCCACAUUCAGAUUUAAUACUGGUGACAUAAAUCCAAAACAACCUGUGCAGGUUGAUAGAUCAAGCAAAUUCAUAUUUUAAACAAAAUCAAAGAAAAUAGUUUUAAGUUUUUUUAUUUAACUUUCAAAAAAGGAUUUAUCACUUCAGGUCUUUGAGCACAAUUAAGGAUAAUGAAUGUCAUUAACAGCUGUUGUGCCUUCGUAAUUUUGUGAAGUACAGUUUGAUAAACCUUUUAAUAUGAUCAUAGAUUAUGAGCCAGCAAUCACUGUGGUAAAUGUCCUUGAUGUGAUUUUUUUCAAAAGCUUUGACUUUUAAUUACACCUUAAUACAGGUUUAAGUUGUGAAAUGUGUACAAAGUUUGAAAUCCUAACUGCAGAUGUGUAAUUUAGUUCCUGCUGUUUGCAGUUACUUGCCAUUCCUGCUCAGGAUGUGAGAGAUGUUAACAUUUAUUGCUUAUCUUCAGUCACCCUGAGAAGGCAGUGGUCAUCUUGAACUGCCACACCUUUUUUUUUGUAGCAGUUUGUUACAGCUGAGUGGAUUGCUAGGCCAGAAGAUAGUUAAUGUUAACUGUAUUAUCAUUUCUCUGCAGUUAACAUGUACAAGAUGGUGUUGCUGGCAAGGGCAGUAUUUGUUGCCCAUCUCUAAUUGCGCUUGAACUAACUAGCUUGCCAACCAUUUCAGAGGGCAGUUAAACCAUUGUUGUCUGGAUUCAUAUGUAGACAGAAGCAACCAAGGGCAGCUGAUUACCCGCCUUAAAACAUUAGUGAAGCCACGUGUUUUUCUGACAAUUGUUGGUCAUCCAUUUUCAUUGUUCCUGCACAGUUUUCUCUGGUGUGCAUCCCCCGGAUCUAGUCCUGCUACUCUCAUCGACAUUACUGCCCCAUGCCACCAUCUUAUGACUGGUGAGACAAUUUGGUCCAUCCAGCUGCUUCAAUGGCUUUCUGAGGCAGUUGAGUGGGAUGUGUGGAGGAAGAGAGAGAGAAUCUCCCCAUUUUGGUCUUGAAUAAAGGCCACUUUAAAACAAAAACUCUCUGGUUCAGCCACAGGAGAAAACAUAAUUGUGGCAUCCACCUUAUCAAAUAUUCUCAGGGUCUUGUGACUCAGUUAAUUUUUCACAUGCAUGCUGAAGACCCCAUCAUCGCCACUUAUUAACUUCUCUAUUGUCCAUAGGUUGCAAGAUAACUUAGCUUCUUUUGAUCACCGCUAGGUGAAUUGGCCAUGCUAAAUUGCCAAUAGUGUUCAGGAAAUGUAAAAAUCAUAGGGCAGGGAAAUGGGUCUGGGUGGGAUACUCUGAGGAUCGGUGUAGACUUGUUCGGCCAAAUGGCCUGUUUCCACACUGUAGGGAUUCUAUUUCAGGGUCACCAUUAAUUAUUAAAACUAGUUUUGAUUUUUCUGCUGGGAUAAUGGUUCAUGUCCCCAGAGUAUUAUUCUGGACCUCUGGAUUAGCAGUCUAGUGGGUCCCGCUGCAUCACUGCCCAAUGAUAAUUAAUCUGUUGUUGCUUGAGUUCAUGGCUGCCUUUAUUAACAUCAGCUUUUCAUUUCCAGGUUUGGAUCAUUUAAUUUUGUUUUGCAUCUUUUUAACCAGGAUAUGUAAAUAAGUUUUAUACAGUAAUGUGAGAACAUGUUGGGAUCAAAACAG